AUGAAAAUAGAUGCCGAGGUCUCUACUCUAAAGAAAAAACUUGAUGGAAUGAGAGCAUCAGGCGAGCCUAUUGGUGGAGUUCAUGAAACAGCCUCUACAGAGACAACUGUUUCUACAAUAGAGGCUCUGAAAGAAGCUCUUGCACAUAUCCGAGUUUGUUCUAGAUUAGAAGGGCUGCUACUGAAGAAGAAAUCUCUUAAAAAUGGAGACUCUCUGGAAAUUCAUGCUCAAAAGGUUGAUAAGUUGAAAGUCUUAUCAGAAUCUCUUGCUAGUUCAACCACAAAAGCCGAGAAGCGCAUCUCAGAUCACAGAUUUCAGAAAGAGGAGGCACUAAAAUUCCGUGUGUCAAAAACAAGUGAAGUCGGUGAAAUAGAGAAGGUUGAUAAGUUGAAAGUCUUAUCAGAAUCUCUUGCUAGUUCAACCACAAAAGCCGAGAAGCGCAUCUCAGAUCACAGAUUUCAGAAAGAGGAGGCACUAAAAUUCCGUGUGUCAAAAACAAGUGAAGUCGGUGAAAUAGAGAAGGAAUUAGCAGCUGAGAUUUCAGGACUAGAGAAACAAAGAGAUGAACUUGAAGCUCAACUGAAAAAGGUCACUAGCUCCCUGGCUGCUGCUCAGGCUCGCCUGCACAAUGUUAGAGAAGAGAGGGACCAAUUCUAUGAAGCUAAUGAUCACAUUGUUGCUCAUUUGAAAACAAAGGAAGAUGAACUGUCAAGAUCCAUUGGUUCAUGUAAAAUUGAAGCAGAUGUUCUUAAUACUUGGAUCAAUUUCUUAGAAGAUACUUGGGUUCUUCAGUGCUCAUAUACAGAGAUCAAGGAGAAGGAGGUCAAUGAUGAAUUGAAGAGACACGAGGGCUAUUUUCUGAAGUUGGUUAUUGAACUCCUCACUGCUUAUGAGAUAGAGUUGAGCCCUUGUAUCGACCGAAUUGGGAAAUAUGUGGAGAACCUUAAGAGCUUAAGUGAAGGGUCAGAGAAAACAUCUGAUGCAAAUGACGAGGGUUCAAAAGUAUUAAACCCAAGGAAAAAUCUUGAGGAGGAAUAUCUGGACUAUGAAGCAAAGUUUGCAAAAUUCCCAUAUUUCGAAGUUGUCUUCAUUAUGGGACCGCUCCCCUGCCCCCAGUUACGGGAAAAAGGAAAUGGGGGGGAUGGACAUACCUGCAAUUUGCUUGCCCACCUUCAGCUUUUUAUCAUUUUAUUACAGACUGUUAUUAUCCCUCUUGCAAUGUACAUCAAAUUUCCUGAAAGUGGAAUGCUUGGUUUCUCUUCAUCCAGGAAAGAUGAUCCGAGGGUCAAAGAGCUUUUCGAUAAUAUUGAAAAACUAAGAGAAGAAUUUGAAUCAAUUGAGAGACCAAAUUUAGAAAUGGAAACUCCUCCCCAAGAGGAACACACUCCAGCCAGUAAGACGCCACAAGAAAGCCAGCCACAUCCAAUAAUGCAGGCCACCGAGACUCCAGAAGCUGAGAAAAAUGAGCACCCUCAAUCUCCUACGGUGAGGACAGAGCGGUUGCUAGACCCUGAAGCCGAAUUGGCAAAGCUGGAGUCUGAAUUCGGGAAGGUUAAUCGAGAAUACUCAGCAGAAGAAAUUGGUGAGUGGGAAUUCGAUGAGCUUGAGAAAGAAUUGAGAUCUAGUGAUGCGGCCACGAGCAAAUAA